GCUUGCGCUUCUGCUUCUGGUGCUCCGCCAUGGAACCGGCGAGGGUGUCGUGACCAGGACAAAACCACCAUCACCGUGGCUGGUGAGUGUGUGUGUCCCCCCACACAUGCCUAGGCUUCGCUAUGAGCUCGCAAGGCAAGGGGCGUCUGUACCCCGCGUACAGCCUCAGCGGGUCUGAGGGUGAAGACUCACCCCGACGAUACGGUUCCCAACACACGUACCAGCAUCCCUUGUAUCAACAGCCGGCUGGACUAAGCGACACCCCCACAUCGGAAAACGCCUCGGACGCCACCCUUACCGACUCGGAACUUGCUUUGGCGAGGGAUUCUACCCUGCUCGUGCACAACGGUUGUUUGCUGGACGGAGCUCCACGUCCACCAGAUGUUCCACCUCGGAACCCCACCAUGAAUCGGUUAAAUGGGCGCCUGGCCACGGCUCCACCGGCAGAUCCCACUCAAGACUUCGAACCCUCUUGUCUCGUUCGGACGCCUUCCGGAAAUGUGUACAUACCAUCGGGGACGUUGAAUCACCCCAAGAACUCGACGAUCGACUACAAGUCCAACUCGUCGUGCAGUAGCCCGUCGAAAGACAUGAAGAAUUCCGACAGAUGCGGCAUCCCAUACGGGGCCCAGGUACCUGUCCUGCCCGUCCGAAAUAAUCUACGCCGCCCCAACUCCAGUCACUUUCCGCAAGCUAGCCGUUUUCAUUUCAGAAAAGGGAUAGCUUCCAAAUGCACGUGGAAGUGUACGGCUAUUGUGUGCAUCAUGCUGCUGGUCGUUUUGACAGCUGCGCUCACGUACAUCUCAGCCUCUAGCGUACUGAAUUGGUCAUAUCAAAGCGCAAAGCCGUGUUCGGUUCUGGUCGGAGAGAACACGCAAUUCGUGCCAGCGUCCAAAAGCGCCACCUCCGAAACAAACUUGUCGACGUCCAGUAGGCCGAAGACGUCUUCAUCUGGAGGUAAUUUCCUUGCACUUGUCUAUUCACGAAAACGUAGACAAGUUGAUAACCCACCAUCGCAUGCUUUUGUGUUGUCAAAUAUCACUUCCGACUCGACUGCUGUCAAUUUCCCCAAUUCAAGUACCACCGAGCAUGAUAUAGAUAGAGAGCAUGCUAGUACCCUUGAACCUUUGCAUGACACAAACGUCACCGACACCGGAACACAGCUUUCGACUGUUACUAAUAGCCCCCCAGCUGAAACUGAGCACACUCAAAUCCAGAAGGUGGAGAAUGUCACGACGACGGCACCUCCAGACCCCUUAACUACGACGGAGACCGACGACAGUUACCAGUUCGAGGAAGCCGACGCCGACCACAGUUUCCUGGACACGUCGCAGCUGCAAGACGACCCCGAGUCGUUCUUCUCGAGUAUCGAUCUAGACGCAGAGUCCAAACUCGAAGUGGAGGACCAGACGUCGGAGGAGAUAAAAUCAAAGAUUCGAGAGGAGUACGCUUACGAGCGUCAGGACGAGGUGCAGAUCGUAAAACUGAAUCAUGAACCUUUCUCCACGACCAUGAAAACGAAAACCAAUUACUCGAUUGCUCGCGAUAAAAACAGCGACUCGAAAGAGCUGACGGACUCGAAUUUGUCCGCGCUGCCGAACCCGGGUGCGGAUUUGGCGAUGAAGCCGGUUGUAAAUUUUAACGAGCCUUUGCUGCUGCAUGAGAGUAACGCCACUAACACGGUGACUAAACAAUUCCAGGCCGAGGCCGUUGCGAGUCCGAAAAUUAGAGUGAUCGAGGUGCCUCCGGUGGCUUCUUUCGGGCCGAGUUCGGCGAAAAGGGUUUUAGUGAACGUGACUAUAGCCACCGAGCCUGAUUCUAACAACCCCCACGCCGCUCAGUCCGUUUACGUGCUAUCUGUGUCCGUGCCAACCGACGAUGGCGUUAACCAAGCCACUAACAGCGAUAUUAAGCACAGCUUUCAGAAAGAAGAGGGCGAUAAAAGAACCACCCAAACGCCCCUCGAGACCGAGAAACGCGACGGGCCUUGGGGUGGGGCGUGCGAGUGUUCGUGUCCAUGUAUGGAUGCAUCAAAUGAAUUUGCAGAUGCUAACAAUAACACGGAUUACGACUACAGAGAUGACGCGGUGAAAGCGACAACAGCGGCUCCGGAUUUCCACAGCGACGAAGCUUCUUCGGUGUCUGAUGCGACAGACACGACGGAAACUUCGGAAACGUGGACGCCGGCGACGGUCUGUCCGGAAGUUACCACCAAAUUACCGCCGCCACCCACUAUUCUCAUACUAGAAGGUGCUCGUACAUUCCCCGCACAAUCAUUCCCCCCGGACGGGACCACGUUCUCCCAAAUAUCGUUAGGGCAAAGGCUUUCCAAAGAAAUCCCGCCGUACGGCUACUGGAACAUGCAAUUCUAUCAAUCCGAAGCGGCCUACGUCAGGUUCGACUACAAUAUACCGAGAGGGGCCAGCAUAGGGGUCUACGCCCGCCGCAACGCCCUCCCCACGCACACCCAGUACCACAUCCUCGAGGUCCUCAGCGGGUUCAAAGCCAGAACCACGAGAGCGUCACACUCAUCCGUGAAGAAAGAGGUAACCCACUACAUGGAGCAAGGCCACUGGUUCCUCUCUUUGUACAACGACGACGGCGACCCCCAGGAGGUGACCUUCGUGGCCGUCAUCGCCGACGACAUGACCCACAAUUGUCCCAACGGCUGCAGCGGCAAGGGCGAGUGCCUCAUGGGGCACUGCCAGUGCAACCCGGGUUUCGGGGGCGACGACUGCAGCGAGAGUGUUUGCCCCGUCCUCUGCAGUCAACGGGGUGAAUACAUCAAUGGUGAAUGCCAAUGCAAUCCCGGCUGGAAAGGGAAGGAAUGUCAACUAAGGCAUGAUGAAUGCGAAGUGCCUGACUGUAAUGGUCACGGACACUGUGCUAACGGAAAAUGCAAUUGCAUAAGGGGUUAUAAGGGCAAGUUUUGCGAAGAGGUGGAUUGCCCGCAUCCCACUUGUUCGGGGCACGGAUACUGCGUCGAGGGCACCUGUCUGUGCAAGAAGGGCUGGAAAGGACCGGACUGCAGCCAGAUGGACAAGGACGCCCUCCAGUGUCUCCCGGACUGCUCGGGACACGGGACGUUCGACUUGGACACGCAAACGUGCACCUGCGAGCCCAGAUGGUCGGGCGAGGAUUGCUCCAGAGAAUUGUGUGACCUGGACUGCGGCAACCAUGGGCACUGCGUGUCGGACGCGUGCCAGUGCGACCCAGGCUGGUCGGGCGAGUUUUGCAACCUGAAGCAGUGCGAUCCCAGAUGCAACGAGCACGGGCAGUGCAAGAACGGGACGUGUUUGUGCGUGACGGGCUGGAACGGGAAACACUGUACCAUGGAGGGUUGUCCCAAUAGCUGUUCCUCCCACGGUCAGUGCAGGUUUAACGGAGAUUCCAUGUGGGAAUGUCGCUGCGACAACGGUUGGGACGGGCCCGAUUGCAGUAUUUUGUUGGAACAGAACUGCAACGAUGGGCGUGAUAACGACAAAGAUGGAUUGGUGGAUUGCGAGGAUCCCGAGUGCUGCUCGAAUCGCUUAUGCGGGAGUAGUCAGCUGUGCGUCUCUUCUCCUAAACCCAUCGACAUAUUACUGAGAAAGCAACCUCCGGCAAUCACCGCGUCUUUCUUCGAGAGAAUGAAAUUUUUGAUUGAUGAAGGCAGUUUGCAGAACUACGCGCGGCCAGAAACGUUCAACGAGAGCCGCUCCGCCGUGGUCCGAGGACGCGUCAUAACCCAGAUGGGGACCGGCCUGAUGGGCGUCCGCGUCAGCACCAGCACGCCCUUGGAAGGCUUCACUCUCACGCGAGACGACGGCUGGUUCGACCUCCUGGUAAACGGAGGCGGCGCAGUCACUUUACAGUUCGGCCGUGCCCCGUUCCGCCCCCAAACCCACAUCGUUUUCGUCCCGUGGAACGAAGUCGUCAUCAUCGACAACGUCGUUAUGACGACCGGCGAAGAGAAACCGGUCUCGGCUAUGCCGCAACCGUGCACUUCACACGAUUUCGACACCAUGAAGCCGGUGGUGCUCGCCACAUGGAAGCACGGCUUCCAAGGGGCCUGCCCCGACCGGAGUGCCAUCUUAGCCGAGUCACAAGUGGUGCAGGAGAGUCUACAAAUUCCCGGAACCGGCCUCAACUUGGUGUACCAUAGCUCCAGGGCGGCCGGGUAUUUGUCAACGAUCCAGCUGCAGCUGACACCGGAAACUAUCCCGCCGACUUUGAAUCUGAUACACCUCAGAAUUACCAUUGAAGGGAUCUUGUUCGAAAAGACAUUCGAGGCGGAUCCGGUGAUCAAGUUCACGUACGCGUGGAACAGACUCAACGUCUACAGACAAAGAGUGUACGGAGUGACGACGGCUAUUGUUAAAGUCGGGUAUGAAUACAGCGACUGCAAGACUAUUAUUUGGGACGUUCAGACGACAAAGUUGAGCGGACACGAUAUGAGCAUUUCAGAGGUAGGGGGGUGGAAUCUUGACAUUCAUCACAGAUAUAACUUCCACGAAGGUAUUUUACAAAAGGGAGACGGGUCUAAUAUUUACCUUAAACAUAAACCGAGGGUGAUUCUGACGACAAUGGGUGAUGGGCAUCAAAGACCUUUAGACUGCAACGACUGCGAAGGUCAAGCGUCCAAACAACGAUUACUAGCUCCGGUUGCUCUAGCAGCGGCCCCUGAUGGCUCCAUUUUUGUCGGGGACUUCAACUUAGUUCGGAAAAUCUUGACGGACGGUCGAGUCCGUACUGUCGUUAGGUUAAACGCCACUAGAGUCUCUUAUCGUUAUCACAUGGCACUAAGCCCGCUUGACGGGACUUUGUACAUCUCGGACCCCGAGUCCCACCAAAUCAUCCGCGUACGAAACACACAAGACUACAGCGACCCGGACCACAACUGGGAGACCGUAGUGGGUUCCGGGGAGAGAUGUCUCCCAGGAGAUGAAGCCCACUGUGGCGACGGAGCCCUAGCCCGCGACGCCAAACUCGCCUAUCCUAAAGGUGUAGCGGUUUCUAACGACAACGUUCUGUACUUUGCUGACGGUACGAACAUCCGUAUGGUAGACAGAGACGGGAUCGUGACCACGGUUAUCGGAAACCAUAUGCACAAGUCUCACUGGAAGCCCCUACCGUGCGAGGGCACCUUGACGAUCGAGGAAGUCCACCUGCGCUGGCCCACAGAGCUGGCGAUAAACCCUCUGGAUAACACCUUGCACAUAAUCGACGACCAUAUGAUCCUCCAGCUCACGCUGGACGGACGCGUCAAAGUGGUGGCCGGAAGACCUCUGCACUGCGCAUCUCCGGCGAGUGGUUACGACGUCGAAUUAGCCACACAUGCUACUCUCGUGAUGCCUCAAAGUUUGGCUUUCAGCUCGGCUGGAGAUUUGUACAUUGCUGAAAGCGAUUCCCAGAGAAUUAAUCGCAUUCGAGUGAUCGGUACUGAUGGCAAGAUCGGUCCUUACGCUGGAGCUGAAUCCAAAUGUAAUUGUCUUGAACGUGGAUGCGAUUGUUUCGAAGCGGAACACUACUUAGCAUCGAACUCGAAGUUUAAUACGAUUUCGGCUGUAACAGUCAGCCCCGACGGCCACGUCCACAUCGGCGAUCAAGCCAAUUACAGGAUAAGGUCCGUAAUGGCGAGCAUUCCAGACGCCAGCAUUUCGAGGGAAUACGAGAUCUACUCGCCCGAAACGCAGGAAAUCUAUAUUUUCAACCGAUUCGGGCAACACAUCGCCACCAAGAACAUCCUGACGGGGGAGACGAGCUACGUGUUCACGUACAACGUGAACACGAGCAACGGCAAGCUGAGCACGGUGACGGACGCCGCCGGAAACAAGGUGUUCCUGCUGAGGGACUACUCGAGCCAGGUGAACUCGAUCGAGAACACGAAAGGGCAGAAGUGUAGGUUGCGGAUGUCCAGGAUGAGGAUGCUGCACGAGCUGAGCACUCCCGAUAAUUACAACGUCACCUUCGACUACCACGGUCCCACGGGGCUGCUGAAAACGAAAUUAGACAGCAGCGGAAGAAGUUACGUCUAUAAUUACGACGAGUUCGGAAGGCUGACGUCGGCCGUGACACCUACGGGAAAAGUGAUAAGUUUAUCGUUCGAUCUGAGCGUGAAAGGAGCCACCGUGAAAGUGGGUCAAAAUAAUAAGAAACCCAUCUCGAUGCUGAUCAAAGGCUCGAGCGUGUCGACGAAAGUGGGAGACGCCGAGAACAAGAUCAUUUUGCUGGCCGACGGCAGCGUGGCCAGCAAUUCGCCCUGGUCGCACAGCAUCACCACCGAUACCGUGCCUUACAAUAUCCUCGCCGACAAAGAACCGCUACUGGGAGAAAGCUAUCCCGUGCCGGCUAAACAGCGGACGGAAAUCGGCGGCGAUCUGGCCAAUAGGUUUGAAUGGCGCUAUUUCGUCAGACCGAACCAGAAUAAAGGCAAGAGUUCAACUCCCAAGACUAUAUCGAAAGUGGGCCGCAAGUUGAGAGUCAACGGCGAAAACUUGCUCACAUUAGAAUACGACAGAGAUACGGCUUCGAUUUCCGUUUUCAUGGACGAUAAAGUCGAACUCCUCAACGUGACUUACGAUCGAUCGGCCAGGCCGGUCAAAUGGGGACCCAGAAACGGCAUUUUUGCAGAAGUCGAACUCGAAUACGACAGAUUCAGUAGACUCAGCAACUGGAAAUGGGGAGAUUUGAGCGAAAGUUACGUCUUCGAUAGGGCUGGGAGACUGUUCGAAAUCAAAUAUGGCGACGAAUCAUCGCUAGUGUACGCGUUCAAAGACAUGUUCAGCAGUUUGCCGCUGAAAGUGACCACUCCGAGAGGGUCGGAUUACCUCCUGCAGUACGACGAAGCCGGAGCUCUUCAAUCUUUGACUACACCCAGAGGACACAUCCACACUUUCUCGCUACAGACGUCGUUGGGCUUCUUCAAGUACCAGUAUUUCUCACCCAUGAAUCGCCAUCCGUACGAAAUCAUCUACAACGACGACGGACAAAUCCUAGCCAAGGUGUACCCUCACCAGUCAGGUCGCGUUUCCUACGUCUACGACUCCGCCGGUAAACUAGAGACGAGUCUAGCUGGAAUGAGCUCCACCCAAUACGUCUACCACGAGUCGUCCAGUCUGGUGAAGAGCAUAGAAAUCGUGGAACCCAACUUCGAGCUGAAACAAGAGUUCAAAUACCACGCCGGAAUUCUCAAAGACGAAAAGCUCAAAUUCAACAGUAAGAGCGGACUCGAUAACGCCCAUUACAAGUAUCAGUACGACGGUAACGCCCGCCUAUCUGGUAUCGACGUAGACAUCAACGGCAAAGAGCUUCCGCAAUUACGGCUGAAAUACAACCAGAACCUCGGAAUUCUCGAGGGAAUCAGCGACUUGCGGGUGUACCGGAACACCUUCAACAGGUCCGUCAUGCAAGACACCAGUAAGCAGUUCUUUACGAUAACCGACUUCGACGAUCACGGACGCAUCAAAUCCAUACUUAUCAAUAUAAAGUCGUUCGACGUGUUCCGACUCGAAGUCGAAUACGAUAGUCGUAACAGAAUCAAACUUCAAAAGUUGUUAGUCGGUCGAACGCAGUUUAUGGAUCGGGUGUCGUACAACUCCGACGGGCACGUGUUGGAGGUGGUGGGCACGAGUAACUGGAAGUACGUGUACGACGAGAACGGUAACAUCAUCGGCGUGAUUAAGGAGAAGGAGAAGAUCUCGCUGGGUUACGACAGCGGUGACAGAGUGGUGCAAUACGGGGACGUCGAGUUCAACAGCUACGAUAACCGAGGCUUUGUGGUCCGCCGGGGUGAGCAGAAGUACAGAUACAAUUCUCGGGGUCUGUUGAUUCACGCAUUCGAACGAGACAAAUUCCAGACGUGGUAUUAUUACGACGACAGAGGUCGUUUGAUUUCAUGGAACGACGAUAAAGGCAACGUCACUCAGUAUCUCUAUUCGAAUCCGAGCACCCCGGAUUUAGUCACACAUUUACAUUUCCCCAAGACCGGACGCACGUUCCGAUUCUUGUACGACGCGAGAAAUGUUAUCAUAACCGUGGAAACGUCCGAGCAGCGGUUUUACGUGGCCACGGACCAGAACGGCUCGCCGCUGGCCCUGUUCGAUAUUAAUGCCAAUCUCAUCAAAGAGAUCAGAAGGACGCCUUCUGGCAGUAUCAUGCUGGAUACCAAUCCGGACUUCUAUCUGCCGGUGGAUUUCCACGGGGGAAUUCUGGAUCCCAACACCAAGCUGGUUUAUAUUAAUAAGAGAUUAUACGAUCCGGUGGUAGGGCAGUGGAUGACGCCCGCCUGGGAACAGCUGGCAACGAAACUGACGACACCAACUGAUGUGUUUAUUUAUCGCUUCAACAAUAACGACCCCAUUAAUUCAAAAUCAACUAUCGAUUACAUGACCAAUUUGAAUAGUUGGCUAAAACUCUACGGAUACGACAUGAAAAACAUGCUGGGAUCGGAAUACAUCAGCCGGAUGGUGUACAGACCGCAGGCCACCAUCACCUCACCCCAGCUGGCUCCCGACUUCGGGGUGAUAUCGGGCCUGCAGUGCAUCGUGGAAAAGGUCAACGAGAAAUUCACCGACCUGGGCUUCGUUCCUAAACCCCUGCUCAAGAUGGAGCCCAAGACGCGCAACCUCCUGCCCCGCGUGGCCUACCGGCGAUCCGUGUUCGGCGAGGGCGUGUUGAUCUCGCGCGCCGGCAGCCGGGCCCUCGUCAGCGUGGUCGAGGGCGUGAACGGCGUGGUGCAGGACGUCGUCACCUCCGUGUUCAACAACUCCUUCUUCCUCAACCUGCAGUUCAGCAUCCACGACCAGGACGUGUUCUACUUCGUCAAGGACAACGUGCUCAAGAUCCGCGACGACCUGGAGGAGCUGCGCCGGCUCGGCGGCAUGUUCAACGUGUCGACGCACGAGAUCACGGACCACGGCGCGACCACCAUCAAGGAGCUGCGCCUGCACAACCCCGACGCGGUGGUGAUCAUCAAGUACGGCGCCGACCCCGAGCAGGAGACCCACAAGAUCCUGCGGCACGCGCACAAGCGGGCGGUGGAGAGGGCCUGGGAGCUGGAGAAGCAGCUGGUGGCGGCGGGCUUCCAGGGCCGCGGCGACUGGACGGAGGAGGAGAAGGAGGAGCUGAUCUCGCACGGGGACGUGGACGGGUACGAGGGCGUGGACAUACACAGCAUACACAAGUACCCGCAGCUGGCGGACGACCCGGGGAACGUGGCCUUCCAGCGGGACACGAAGAGGAAGCGGCGAAAGAGCGGCUCGAGGAGGGGGCGCUUGCACCGGCACGAGUCGUGAUUUAAAUAAAAUGUGGUGAUAUUAAGUAAAUCGUCAGCAGAAAAUAUUUUUUAUGUGCCAUAAAGUCAACAUCAAAUCAAAUCCUAGUCGUUCUUUAAUAAAAGAGAAGAAGUACAUAACUAAUUUAUAGGAACAAAUUACUAUUUUUAAUAAAAUUCGUGGCGAUAUUUUGAUAAUCAUAAGUUAAAGAAGAGAUUGUGAAUAAGCCAUGAACUGUCCAAGUUGUAACUGUGUUGUGUACAAGCAAUCAAAAGGCCUAUUUGAUAACGAAUGACAUGUUUCCUACAGGGUAGCCGAGUCGCCACUCUCGCGGAUAUCUAGAAAGACUCUUGCACAUAGUUCUCUAGUUAAGGCAAUACUAAGGACUGUACAUAUAUCAGAAGCUUUUUAUAUGGAAAAUUCUAGUGACUCGCCAUGACAUGAGUAACGAAAUGAUCAUUUUUGUGCUGCAGUUUCUUAUGAUGAUUUUACGUUAUUUGGUCAUCAUCGAUCGUAGCAUUGACUGAACUAUAUUUAACGAUCCAUUUAAUAUAAAUUAGCAGACAUAGUCCAUAGAUGUACAUAUUUAUAUAUCGUUUUAUUAAGUUUUACAAUUCUAUCCUCGGUGCUUGUCUCCACUCUACCUAUAUCUAAAAAUUAGAUCUGGGCCACCAUUUUAAUCAGGUCCAUUAAUCAUUAGAAUAGCGUACUGUCAGUAUCCAUAAACAUAUGCAUCAUAGAAUCUGUAACUUACUGCCGAUAUUGUUCAUCGUUUUCUUUUUUUUUUACUUUAGUCCUUUUGAUUAUCGUUCGCCAUAGUUAUACUGUAAUAAUUGUAAUAGGUACAGCUGUUGUAAUGAUAAAUGAACUCUAUUAACUUAUCAUUUCCGUAUUGUGUCCACAUGGUCAUAGUUUAGAUGUACGACCUUUCUUUACCGUUUUCACUAUCAUUUGGAACGAAAGACUCUAGAGCGCUGAUUUUGUAAGGGGGCAUUUAGCUGCCAAAAGUGGAUAAGUGAUAUAUUUUCUAAUGUGACUAACAAAGAAAGCAAUACUUUGUAAUUUAUAUACGUCUUACUUACUAUUACAUUAUGUGCAAUUGUUGUGUGGCUGCGUCCGCGGCUAGCACUAGUACGCAUUAAAGAUAUUGACCAUACUCGUGAACUAUUGACUAACAUUUUAUGUGUGUAUAUAAAUUAUUGUGUAUAUUGUUUUGAUAUGUAAAUAUAUUUUGUUCUAUUCAGUAAUAUAAUCAUUUAUUAAAUGCAGAAUUAUUUAUGACAA